AUGUCACUCAAAACAAUCAUGGAGACCGUUCUAGUCGUCGGAGCCACCGGCAAUAUCGGCGUGUCAGCCGUCACCGCUGCCUUGCGCUCUAAGCGCAACGUCUUAGCCAUUGUCCGCAACCAAAAUUCAGCGGAUAAACUCGUGAAGCAUGUUGGGUCAUCGGAGGGAAUUACUUUCGUAGAGGCCAACGUUCUCUCGGACUCGGGUGUAAAGGGGGUCGUUGAUCAAGUCAAAUCCGGCAAGCUCCCGGCUUUUCAGCAUGUGUUCUCUAGCGUUGGCGGCGAGUACACUACUACUCCCCUCCCAGAGAUUACUACCGCUCAGCUACGGAGAAACUUUAAUAGCUCCUUUGAAGCUAACUUCUUCGCCUACCGUGAUACUAUUGGCUAUCUAGUGGAACAGAAGAACCCUAUCAGCACAUGGACUAUUUGUACCGGGUCGCAGGGUGAUUUGGCAACCCACCCAGUGCCGGCCAUGACGCAAGGUGCCUUAUUCCCCAUGACUAAAGCAGCCGCCCGUGAAAAUGAAUCUACGAACGUCCGUUUCAACGAAAUUUAUCUUAGCUUCCGAGUCGAGGUGGAUGAAGAUGCUGUGCAACAUGGCGUAACGAAAUCGUCGGAUUUUGGAAAUGUAUACGAGAUGAUCCUAGCCGAUCCCGAAGUCCGAGGUUCGCGCGUCCGGGUCGACGAUGUUGACGAUCUCAAGAAAUUGAAUUACCAGAAGAAGUUCUAG